AUGCCACCACCAUCGCCCCCCUGUCCUUCUGACAGGGCCGCCGCUACCACCAAACCCAAGCCGAAAACAACUAAACCCCCAUCCGAACCCCUAACACUACCCGUGCGAGCAGCUGAGAUCUCUGACACCCCCUCUUUUGAGAAAACGGUGCUCACCCUCGCCGACGUGAUUAAAAAGUGCCUCACUCCUACCGAAAAACAGAAAAGUGUCUCGGCACUCAACAGGGACUUUGCCAUUAAAGCAGCCGAUGAAAUCUGUGACGCCCUGAAGAUCCACGGCAGAAUUAACGAAUGCGCCCUCCCCACCCCCGCUCCCUCUACACUUCCCACAGAUCCUACCAGCCAAUCCGUCCUCCUGGCGCUUAGCCGUAUCGAGGGCAAAAUUGACUCCCUCGACACCAAUCUUAAAACUAAUACCGAGCAGACAACUAAGAAAAUCACGGACUCUUAUGCGUCCAUAACAAAGAAGCUCGUCUCGAAGACCACGCCCAGCUCCGCCACCAAGCCUACUACGGCUACCAAAGUCGUGGUAGCCACACCCCCCACCACCAGGCCAGCCCUGGUGAUCACCACAAAAAAUAAGAACGCCAACCCGCAAGAGACAAUCACUGCCUUCAAGGAGACUGUCCCCUUCAGGGAAUUGGGGUACAAUCCGGCAAGGGUAGUCCCACUCAAAGGAGCCAUCAGGGUCGAGUUCGACUCCGAAAGGGAGCGUGACGACACCCUUAACCGCACGAAGACUGCUCCCAACUCCAAGGUCUCCGCGGAGAUCGCUCACCGACUUAGACCUAUGGUCAUCAUCAAGGGCAUCUCCAAGGAGGUACCCAGCGAAGAGCUCAUUGAUGUCAUCUUGGCUCAAAACCCCGAACUCGGUGAGUUUAAAAAUACUGACACCAACCAACACCUCACACUGAAAUUCAAGCGCAACAACCGCAAUGAGUCACUAUACAACGCAAUUCUCAUCACCUCUCCCGGUGCCUUCCGUGCCCUCAUCGCAAUGGGCAGAGUGCGAAUCGAUAUUUACAGAGUACAUGUCGAGGAGCACUCUCCCUUUUUACAGUGCCGUAAGUGUCUGCAGUUCGGACACACUGCUAAAAACUGCAAAAACCCCUCCGACCGCUGCGCACACUGCGCCGAGGAGGGGCACCUCUCUCAAAAUUGCCCAGCCAAGGACAGAACACCCAAAUGUUUUAACUGCACCAGACACAAAGCCCGAUUCCCAAAUAGCAAGCACGAAACUACACAUUCAUCCACCUCUCACACGUGUCCUAUCGUAAGGGCGAUGCGAACCAAGACAGAGAACAAUAUUGAAUAUGGAUCUGCCCCACACUCCAUCGCCCUUGUGUCCGAGCCGUACCUGGGUUCCAGGAAGGAAGUCAAGCUUCCCUACGGAUAUCCCCUCUAUAUUUUUCAAUUCCCCACUAAUUCUUCUUCUGUCAGAGCCUGCAUCAUUUCCAAACCACACGUCCAACUCUUCGGCAUCACCGAAUUUUCUUCCUCGGACCUAUGUGUGGUUCGGACGCAGAUAGGACACUCACAGCUACACAUCGCCUCCAUCUACAUACCACCUCGACACGACCACUCAGAUACACUUACACUCAUCGAACACUUUUUACAACACAACACGCACACGCAAUGCAUUCUGGGGGGCGAUCUCAACGGAUGGAACCCUCUAUGGGGUAGCGACCGUCGCAACGCCCGCGGAGUUAGGGUAGAGGAGCUGGCCGACGCAUACGGCCUCUACGUGUGCAACACCGGCUCUACUCCCACCUUCGAGGCCUUUACCAACGGACGUACUCGCUCCUCUAUUAUAGACAUCACACUCGCCACAUAUCCCAUACACAAUUACAUCACUGACUGGAAGGUGAACAUGGAAGCUUGCCCGUCAUCUCAACACAACGCAAUAGACUAUACACUCAACUACAACCCCUCUCACUCAUACAACACCACUAGACAACACACUAACUCAUCCACCUUCCUCUACAAAAGUCACAAGGCUAACUGGUCUAAGUUCAAGAGCUCGCUCUCUACACUUAUGACCAACACAGAUAUCCUCGACACCCAAGUCGGAACGCUCGACCGCGAAGACUUGGAACUCCUCAUCACACACAUCACCGAAAUUAUACACACCGCCUGCAAGGAGUCAAUGCCCAUCCGGGCCUCUGACUCCAAGGCCAGGCCCCCUUGGUGGUCCGAGUCCCUGGAAUCCCGGAAGCGGGAAGUCAUAGGUCUCCAUCGGGCGCUACACGCGGCCAAAAGAGACGGGCAGCCUACCGACUCUCUUGCCAGCCAGCUCCACGAUCUUAAGAACAUCUACGCCAGCGAGCUUAGGAGCGAAUCCACGACUAAAUUUAGGGAAUUCUGCGAACUCCAGACAAAGGAGAACGUAUGGUCCCUCACGAAUAGGCUCCUAAAGGAAUCGGGCCCACGACGCCCCCCCACUUCUCUAAAAAUCGACAAUCGAUUCACCACCGACGAGAAAGAUACAGCACAAGCUCUACUGGACAAUUUUUACCCGAACGACACAUCCGACUCUCACCCCAGACACCACGCACUAAGAGCUGCCUCCCAUACGUUCCCCGACACCGAACCCGACCUCCCAUUCACCUCCCAAGAGAUCCACGAGAUACUGGACAACAUGAGCCCCAAAAAGGCUCCCGGACUAGACCAUCUCACUUCCGACAUAUGUAGACAGUUUACUCUCCACUAUCCCGACCUAGUUACUGACAUUAUGAACCGCUGCCUGACUUUACAGUACUUCCCCAAACAGUGGAAGGAAGCCUUCGUUAAGAUCAUACCUAAACCCUCCAAAACUGACUACACUGACUUGAACUCUUACAGACCGAUCGGACUCUUGCCUGUUUUCGGAAAAGUCCUCGAGAAGCUCUUUGUCCAGCGGAUCACCUUCGCCGCCAUGACAACGGACAAAUUGAGCGAGAGGCAGUACGGAUUCAGGCCACUGACUAGUACUACGGCCGCCCUCAAAGCGGCCAUCGACUACAUUACCAAGACCAAAUCUGACGGACUGCUCACCCUCGCCAUCUCCCUGGACAUCAAGGCCGCGUUCGACAACGCCUGGUGGCCAUCCCUCCUCAACCGACUUCGACUCAUAGGCUGUCCUUCCAACAUUUACGGACUGGUACUGGACUACACGACCGACCGUACAGUCACCCUCGAUUACGCUGGUGCCCGCGUGUCUAAACCCAUGACCAAGGGCUGCAUCCAGGGCUCGACUUGCGGCCCCAUUCUGUGGAACGUCAUCUUGGACGAACUCCUGGAACUCGAAUUACCCUCCGGGUGUCGAAUACAGGCCUUCGCGGACGACGUUCUACUCAUUGUGGCCGCCAAGGAUCCACUUAGCCUGCAGGACACUACUAACCAGGCACUACACGCUAUCGUGAGCUGGGGACGGGGGGUCAAGCUCACGUUUAGCCCACAGAAGACACAGGCCAUCGCCUUCAGCGAUAAGGCCAAAAAUACAGACAUACGCAUGAACUCUCAUUCACUACACUUCCAGGACGACAUCAAGCUCCUUGGUGUCAUCCUGGAUAACAAAUUACGCUUCAACAAACACGUCACCCACGUCAUCAACAAAGCCACUGCACUCUUCCACAAACUCACACUAUACUGUAAACCCACUUGGGGAGCCCAUCCCGAGAACAUCCGCACAAUUUACCUCCAGGUCAUCCAACCAAUAGUCACUUACGCCGCCGGCAUCUGGGGCCAUGUCGUCGGGAGAAAGUACAUAUCCAGACUGCUCCUGAGCAUGCAGCGGCGCUUCGCCCUCAGAGCCAUUAAAGGCUUCAGAACGGUGUCGACCAAUGCUGCACUCGCUCUGGCGCAAUUCACCCCGAUCGAUAUUAAGAUCCUCGAGGUAAAUCAAAUCGAACUCGCUCGACUCACGGGGAAUUGCGAUUUCCUUCCCGACGACAUCACCCUAGAAAAGCACAUACCCCCCCAUCACCUCCUUCAUCCCGCCCGAAGAAUAACAUUCAACCCUCACUACUUCCACUCUGAGGCUGAACUGUCCUCUCACCUCUCUUCCCUCCCCAAUCCCAUCCCAACCAUCUUCACAGACGGCAGCAAACUCGAUGACGGCUCGGUCGGUGCCGCCUUCGUAUGUUACAACGGAGCGGGUCCGCCGGCCGUCAAGAAGUUCAUACUUCAUCGAAGUUGUUCAGUCUUUCAGGCUGAACUCUUCGCUAUCCUCCAGGCCUCUCGAUGGGCCUCCAAGCACAGACACACACACACACUCAUCUUGUCGGACUCCAGAGCGGCCAUCCAAGCCUCCCAGAAUCGUAGCAAUACACACCCCUUGGUUGCACACCUUCACGCCACACUACACGAUCACUCACCCACCGGCUGUAUCGACUUUGCUUGGGUCAAAGCCCAUGCAGGUAUAACCGGGAACGAACGUGCAGACACCGAAGCAAAACUCGCCGCUACCAUGCACAGAGCCUUCGACUACGAUCUCUUCCCCAUAAGCUUUGUUAAGCUUAUGGCCAGAGAGCGUAGUCUCACCGAAUGGCGCGAGAGGUACGAGAAGGCACAACAGGGCCAACACACCCGCGACCUCCUCCCUACAAUAGACCACAUACACACACUACUCAAAUCCACACACAUCACAUUCACACUCACUCAGACACUCACCGGACACGCCUUCAAUAAAUCAUAUUUACACAAAUUUAAACUCGCCGAGGACGAGGUCUGUCCCUGCGACGGAGCCACUCCUCAGAACCUGGACCAUCUCCUGAGGAGCUGCCCUGAGUUUUCGGCCUUCAGGCAUAAACAUGAAGAAACCUGCGGAUACCUUGGAGUGGACCCCUACAACUUAGUAGGGCUUCUACCCCACAGAGCCGGUAUCCGCUCCUACUUUCGCUUGUCGGACUCGAUCCUGAGGGUGCUCAAGGAGUAUAACGCUAGUUCAUAA